AUGGGUUGUGCAGCUGUGUUUCGUGAUAGCCACGGAAAAUGGAUGUCUGCAAGUUCUCUGAGUUACGAUAAUGGCAGCAGCUUCCUUUCUGAACUUAAGGCUGUGGAGUUGGGUUUACAACACGCGCUCGAGCAGGGGCACAACACUGUGGAUUGUAAAUCAGAUUGUUUACAAGUGGUGCAAGCAUUACAGGAUGGGGGUGAUACUAGCAGCUUUUGGGAUAGAGAGGAGAUCAGGCAGGUGCGUGGUCUUUUAUUGCAGUUUCAAAGUUUUCGGUUAUCUCAUGUUGAUCGGAAUAAGAAUAACACGGCGGACAAAUUAGCGCGGGAAGCAUGCCGCCUGGGUUCACCUUUGCAAGUUUGGGCUAGACCUCCCUCUUUUGUUUAUGCAUCAUUGUAUUUGGAUGCAAUUAGUUAG